GGGCUCUGUAGAACGUAACUGAUUCAUUCAAGGCUGCUGGAGUGUUUUUGAAGGAUGUUGAAGUGUAAAACCAACUGCAUUGAAAGGCCUCUGUCUCUCGCCUUUGAAAAGCUUGGUCGUGUUAUUGGUAGAUAUCCAUGCGUAUUUCUCUUAAUAGUCUUAGGUGUAACUGCAGCUCUUGGAGCUGGUUUUAUAUUUCUUAAUGAGAGGAAGGCAAAUGAUAUCGAAGACCAGUUCACACCUGUAAAUGGACCUGCUAAAAUGGAGAGGAAGAUUGUCGAGGAAUAUUUCUCAAAAUCAGAAGAAUUUUCUCAUCUUCGACUUUCGUCAGAAGGAACUUAUGCAUCUUUGAUCAUUACAGACUUGCAGGGAGAGAACAUAUGGACUGAAGCAGCUUUUAAUGACAUUCUUGAGAUAGACAGACAAGUCAAAAGUAUUAAAACAGGAAACACUUUCGCAAGCCUUUGUGCCCAAAUUAAUGGAAAAUGUAUGACAAAUGCUGUUUUAGAAAUCAUAAAUUACAAUGCUAGUAAAAUUAUCUCUACACCCAUUAGAUAUCCAAAAAAUAAUGGCACAUUUUUGGGAAUAAGUAUUGGUGAUGUAGAGCUAAAGAAAGGAAGCUCUGAGAUAAUCAGUGCAAAAGCGAUCAGACUUUUUUAUUUUUUAAAAGAAGACAACAAAACGAGUACCGAAUGGCUAGAUGGUUUUCUAAACUUCUUCUCAAACCACACAGAAAUGAAAACGGUGCAUGUUUCUUACUUCACAUCAGUAUCAAGACAGAAGGAGUUAGAGACCAAUUCAGACUCUGUGAUCCCCCUCUUCUCCAUUACUUAUUUCCUGGCCAUUACCAUUUCAAUUCUCUCUUGUCUGAGGUUAGACUGUGUAAGAACCAAAGUGUGGGUUGCCAUGUCUGGUGUACUCUCGGCUGGUAUGGCUGUGCUGGCCAGUUUUGGAUUGCUGCUCUUCUGUGAAAUACCUUUCGCCAUGACUGUGGCCACAGCCCCCUUUCUCAUUCUUGGUAUUGGUGUUGAUGAUAUGUUCAUUAUGAUCUCCUGCUGGCAGAAGACUAAAGUUCAUGAUAACGUUGAGGAUCGCUUAGCAGAAACAUAUAAAGAGGCAGCUGUGUCCAUCACUAUCACCACACUGACAGAUGUGCUGUCUUUCUACAUCGGUCUCUUGACUCCAUUUCGCUCAGUACAGUCUUUCUGUAUGUACACAAGUACAGCUAUUCUGUUCUGUUACAUCUUCAACAUCACAUUCUUUGGUGCCUGUUUAGCACUGAAUGGAAGACGAGAGAAGGGUAAUAAACAUUGGCUGACCUGUAUGGAGGUCCCAAAGGCCAAUGAUGAUCAUGCUACUGGUAAUAUGUGCUGUGUUGGCGGAGCUUAUGACAAAGAUACUGGCACUGAUUUGGAAAUGCCAAUGGAUUUAUUCUUCAAAAACUAUUUUGGGCCUUUUCUGACAAAGUCGUGGGUUAAGUUGCUUGUAUGUUUGCUUUAUGCUGGUUAUUUGGCUGUCAGCAUCUACGGAUGCUUUCAAAUUCAGGAGGGGCUUGAUCUGAAAAAUUUAGCAGCAGAUGGCUCUUAUGUUGGUAAUUACUAUGACGAUGAAGAUAAAUUCUUUUCCGUGUAUGGCCCCAAUGUCAUGUUAGUAAUGAAGGAUGAACAUUUGCAGUACUGGAAUUCAUCUGCCCAACACAAUAUUUACUUGUGUCUGGAAAAGUUUAAAAAUCUGUCAAUGGUUUCUAAUGAUUCACAGAUUUUGCUUACUUCGUGGCUUAAUGAGUACAUUAUUUUUGGAAAGAAUCAUGGUUUAAAUUUAGAUAAUGAAACACAAUUCAAAAGCCAUUUAUCUUUCUUCCUUAAUGUUUCUGGUUUUAGUCAAGAUGUCAACUUCACUAACAAUGAAAUUCUUGCAUCACGCAUGUUCAUUCAGACAGUGAACAUCAGAACAGCUGUGGAUGAGAAAGACAUGCUGAAUGCAUUUAGAGAAACAGCAGAACAAUGUGGAAAGUUGCCAACACUCAUUAACCUAACAGUGUUCCACCCUGCAUUUAUCUACUUUGACCAAUAUGCUGUCAUUGUCACUAAUACAAUCCAAAACAUAGUAGUCGCUACAUGUGCAAUGUUAGUAAUUUCACUUCUGUUGAUACCAAAUCCUCUGUGUUCUCUUUGGGUGACAUUUGCCAUAGCAUCUGUCAUUGUGGGUGUGGCUGGCUUUAUGGCAUUAUGGGGUGUUAGUUUAGACUCAGUGUCAAUGAUUAAUUUUGUUAUUUGCAUUGGAUUUUCAGUGGAUUUCUCGGCUCACAUAUCCUAUGCUUUUGUGUCCAGUAAAAAACCCUCAGCAAAUGAGAAAGCCUUAGAUGCCAUCUACAAACUGGGUUAUCCAAUAUUACAAGGUGCAGUGUCCACUAUUGCAGGUGUAGUUGUGCUUGCAGCUGCAAAAAGCUACAUCUUCAGGACCUUCUUUAAAAUCAUGUUCUUAGUCAUUCUUUACGGAGCCAUUCAUGGGAUCGUUUUCAUACCUGUGUUUCUUACCUUCUUUUACAUUUGUGACAGUUGUGACACACAUGAAAAAAAUAAAAUCUGUCAAAUUCAACCUGAGCAAUCCAACAGAAAGAUUCAGCAACCAUCAUUAAUAGCAAGUGCCAAAUAUAUACAAAAUCAGCAGUGUAAAAUUCAAUCUCAAUAUAGUGUCAGAAAGAAUCAACAAAUCGCAACAGUAAUGAGCCAGAAAGCUCAACUGGAAAAUGGAGCAUAUAUAGAUCCUGACUGCUACUGAGUUUAAUUCUCUAAAUAAUAACACAGAUUGUUAAUUCUCUAUUAGUCAGAUAUCCUGUUACGAGAUGGUAUUUAUUGCACUGGAUGAAUAAUAUACAUAUAAAACAUUAACUAAUUGACCUCUGCUUUUAACAUUAGGGGUCCUCACAAUCCCUGAACUGAGGGACUGUUUUCAUCUACUGUUUUCAUCAUUUUAUUGACAAUUUUAACUUCUUCUGUUCUGUUCUCACAAACUGUCAAAUGAUUGUUGGUGUCUUUGUAUUUGUAUGAGCUUGGUUCUGUGAAAUGUUUUGAUUUGGUCCAUAUAUGAAGUCUUUAAUGAUACAGUAUGAUAAUUGAUCAUUAUAAACAGAUUAUAUGAUCCAUAUUCAUAUUUGCACACUAAUGUUAAAAUAAUUGGACAUGUAAAUAAUGGUUGAUUUUGUAAUGUUUAUAUUUUUGGCAUAUAUUGGUGGCCAUUGGCUCCUUAAAUCUGUGCAGCUACAAUUGAAGGGAAAUAGUAUGAAGCAAAUGUAUGGAUAACUUUUAGUUUGUAAUGUAAAUAAUGCACGAUAAUUGCUGUACUAUAAAGUGCAUUAUUGUCAUGUAUUUUCGGAUUCCUUUAGUGUGGUAUAAUAAAAUCUGUAUU